AUGGGUGAUACGAAUGGACAAAUAGUAGCUGGUAAAAAUGGCUCAGGAAAUCAAUUGAAUCAACUGAGUGGUCCAACUGCUGUAUUGAUCGAAAAAGAGACAGAUAGUCUCAUUAUUUGUGAUUGGGGGAACGGACGAGUCGUACAAUGGUCUCGUCGUAGUGGCACAACUCAAGGAGAAAUUCUCAUCGAUAGUAUUAGUUGUUAUGAAUUGGCCAUGGAUGAUCAGAAAUAUCUCUACAUCUCUGACGUCGGAAAAAAUGAAGUAAAACGAUAUCGAAUAGGAGACAAGAAUGGAACUAUCGUGGCUGGUGGCAAUGGCGAAGGUGCUGGUCUCAACCAGCUCAAAUUUCCGGUCUACAUCUUUGUUGAUCGACAACAGACUGUCUACAUGUCAGACAACUGGAAUUUUCGUGUAAUGAAAUGGAAUAAAGGUGCAAAAGAAGGAAUUGUCGUCGCUGGAGGCCAAGGCAAAGGGAAGGCUCCGACACAAUUGUCGAGUCCUACAGGACUAUUUGUCGAUACAUUGGGUACUGUUUAUGUGGCAGACCUCGUGAAUUAUCGAGUAAUGCGUUGGCCUGAAGGAGCGAAACAAGGCACUAUCAUUGUGGGUGGAAAUGGUCAAGGAGCAGGAGCAAAUCAGUUGAACUAUCCAGAGGGUUUGUCCUUCGAUCGACAUGGCAAUCUCUAUGUCGUCGAUUCAGUGAAUGCUCGUGUUCAACGUUUUUCUAUUCAAUAGGGUAAAAGCGAUGGAUUAAUUUUUUUUCUUUCCUUUUCUUCCAAAUAAAUCACGUUGAAUUAGUGAAAGAAAUGAUUUAUUCUAUUCGCGCGCGUGUCCAUGAAUCACCCUGGUGGCGCUGUGGCGGACGUAAUGCUCAUGCACGGACAGAAAGACUCAUAUUAUUCACAUGCACCCAUCCGAUGACAUAUGCCAAUGAGCCUGAGGCCUGAACGUGUGCCACGGACACCACAGUGGUUUUACUGGUCGAGCUUUUAAGGACUACUCGGGAGUCUUUCAGAUAACAUGGGUCUAGCCUCAAUGGGCGUAACUCCUCUCCCCCUCCUAACACUCACUUGUCUUAGUUUCACCCUAACUCUCAUUCUCCUCUCACUCUACUUUCAUCUCAAAAGAAAAAAAAUAUACUCAUGUGGCUAGUUGUUGGACGACGGGACGCGAUGAUAUGGAGGACGAAAAGGAAAAGAAAUUAAUCAAUGUUAUAUAACAAAAAGAAGAAUGAGAUAACUUACCCCACUAUUAUCUUCUUGUUCACUGUUCAUCCACCUAAAAUAAAAAAAGUAUUAAUAAAAAAGGGUGGGGGUGGGUGUCUGGUGUGGGUGUGAGUGUGUGGAUGUGAGUGUGGGUCUGACUGUUAGUGGUGUGUUUAUCUACAUCCAUACUCACGUCCACCCCACACCGGUAACGAUAACACAGUCCAAAGGGCAAAUACAGGUGGCUGCCUGUAGAUUGUGACUUUGAUUUGAUCAAGAUACAAACUUCUGUAAGCUGCUUGUCAUAAAAGUACAAAUUCUAAAAGCAAAAUUUGUUCUUAAAAUUAUUCUAGGUCGUCAAUACAUAUUAGGUCGAUGAUUGACAAUAACAAUAUUCAUAUUUAGAAAGAUGGGGUGGGUGUGGGUGUCGGUGUGGGUGUGGGUGGUCUGUGGGUGUGUGGGUGUGGGUGUGGGUGCCGGUGUGGGUGUGGGUGUGGGUGGUCUGUGGGUGUGUGGGUGUGGGUGUGGGUGUCGGUGUGGGUGUGGGUGUGGGUGUGGGUGUGGGUGUGGGU